AGGGCAGUUUGGUUUUUUUUUUAAUAUUGGGAAUUUCCUUAGAAGAGAUCUCAGAAGAAGCAGGAAGAUAAAGUAACUGUGGGACUGAAAAUCUGCUUUAUCUCACCCUGAUCUUAUCUGUAUUCCUCCCUUCCUUUGGUUGUUUCCAGUUUGUGCUGCUUUGGUCUGUCCUCUAUGAGUUUGGAGCCUUCCCACCUCUCUGAUGCUACAAAUAGAUUUCAAUUCAUGCUUUUCAUCUUGUGCUUGGGCUAACAGGGACUUCACACUCAUCUUUCAUUCCCUGUAAAGCAGCAGGAAAAUUCUAGAGAUCUGGGAGAGCUUCUAUUCUUCCUUUUGAGCCCGCAGUAAGAUCUUAGGCAGAAGGUUCUCCAAGAGCAAAGGAAAUGGAAACCCAAGCACUCUGGGAAAUAUAUGGCGGAACACUUUUACCAGUUGAACAAAGUUUCUGUGAUUCUUUUUUACUCUGGGAAGUUUUUCAAGGAGGUCCUAGACCUGGACUCUGGCAAACUCUUUGAUACUCGAUAUAGUAUUCGAGAGAAUGGACAGCUUCUAACCAUUCUGAGUGUGGAAGACAGUGAUGACGGUGUGUACUGCUGUACCGCCAACAACGGAGUAGGAGUUGCUGCUGAGAGUUGUGGAGCCUUGCAAGUAAAAAUGAAGCCUAAAAUAACACGUCCUCCUAUCAACGUAAAAAUAAUAGAGGGAUUAAAGGCAGUCUUGCCAUGUACCACAAUGGGCAAUCCCAAGCCUUCAGUGUCAUGGAUCAAAGGAGACACCAUACUCAGGGAAAACGCCCGAAUUGCGAUUCUUGAAUCUGGGAGUUUAAGGAUUCACAAUGUUCAAAGAGAAGAUGCGGGGCAUUACAGAUGUGUGGCCAAAAAUAGCCUCGGGACAGCAUAUUCCAAACUAGUCAUGCUUGAAGUAGAAGUGUUUGCCAGAAUUCUGCGGGCUCCUGAAUCCCACAAUGUCACCUUUGGCUCCAUAGUGACCCUACGCUGUACUGCAACGGGCAUUCCAGUUCCUACUAUCACAUGGCUUGAAAAUGGAAAUGCUGUGUCUGCUGGGUCCAUUCUAGAAAGUGUGAAAGACCGAGUGAUUGAUUCCCAGCUGCAGCUGGUGAUCACCAAGCCAGGCCUGUUCACUUGCAUAGCCACUAACAAGCAUGGGGAGAAAUUCAGCACUGUGAAGGCUGCAGCCACCAUCAGCAUAUCAGCAUGGAGUAAACUGCACCAAGAAGAUCCAGGCUACUGCAGUACCUAUAGAGGUGAGGUUUGCGGUGCUGUCUUGGCAAAGGACGCCCUUGUUUUCUACAACUCUACCUACGGGGACCCAGAGGACACCCAAGAGCUUCUUGUCCAAACCAUCUGGAGCGACUUGAAGGAGCUGAGUUCACUCUGUCGGCUAGCUAUGGAGUCUCUGCUCUGUAACCACAUUUUCCAGGGCUGCAACCCUGCUGGAUUUAUGCCAGCUCCUAAACCUUUAUGCAGAGAGCACUGCCUGGCUGUAAAGGAUCUAUUCUGCGCAAAGGAAUGGUUGACACUGGAAGAAAAAUCCCACAGAGGCCUGUACAAAUCUGGAUUGCAUCUGCUGACCUUGCCUGAAUGCACCAAGCUUCCCAGCAUGCACAGGGAGCCUAUGGCUUGCAUAAAAGUGCCACAUUUAGAUUUAAAAAGAGAUAACAUAACAACAACUUGCUAUCAGGACAAGGGAAGAUUGUACCAAGGUACCGCCAAUGUCACAGUAUCAGGCAUUCCUUGUCAGAAAUGGAAUGAACAGGCACCCCAGGUAUACAGAAGGACACCUCAGAUGUUCCCUGAGUUAUCAAAUGCAGAGAAUUAUUGCCGAAAUCCAGGAGGAGAAAGGGAACGGCCAUGGUGCUUCACUAAGGACCGCGCUGUAAGAUGGGAAUACUGUGCAGUACCUCUCUGCACUAGCGUCUCCCCACUGGUAACCAUCAAACCCAGUGCAGACAUUCCAGAUCGACCUUCCUCAUCUGCAUUUUCACCUACCUACUCGAUGACCAUCAUCAUCUCCAUCAUCUCCAGCUUUGCAGUGAUUGGCUUUCUCACCAUGAUUGCUCUCCUUUGCUGCCGCCGAAGGCGAAGACAGUGGAAAAAUAAGAAGAGGGAAUCUGCAACCCCCACACUCACAACUCUCCCUUCUGAGCUCUUGCUGGACAGACUUCACCCCAAUCCUAUGUACCAGCGCAUGCCUCUCCUUCUGAACCCCAAACUCCUCAGCCUGGAGUAUCCGCGAAAUAAUAUUGAAUAUGUGAGAGAUAUUGGAGAAGGAGCAUUUGGAAGGGUCUUUCAAGCAAGAGCUCCCGGCCUACGACCUUACGAGCCUUUUACCAUGGUGGCAGUGAAGAUGCUGAAAGAAGAAGCCUCAGCAGACAUGCAGGCAGACUUCCAGAGGGAGGCAGCCCUCAUGGCAGAAUUUGACCAUCCAAACAUUGUUAGGCUCCUAGGAGUGUGUGCCGUCGGUAAGCCAAUGUGCUUGCUGUUUGAAUAUAUGGCCUAUGGGGACCUCAAUGAGUACCUCCGAAACAUGUCACCUCGGACAGUGUGCAACCUCAGCCAUAGUAACUUGGCUACCAGGGUCCGACUCUCCACCCCAGGACCCCCUCCCCUAUGUUGUGCUGAGCAGCUCUGCAUUGCUAGGCAGGUAGCAGCUGGCAUGGCUUACCUUUCAGAGCGCAAGUUUGUCCACCGGGACUUAGCCACCAGGAACUGUCUGGUGGGGAAUAACAUGGUGGUGAAGAUCGCUGACUUUGGCCUCUCCAGGAACAUCUACUCAGCAGACUACUACAAAGCCAAUGAGAAUGAUGCCAUCCCCAUCCGCUGGAUGCCCCCAGAGUCCAUUUUUUACAACCGCUACACAACAGAGUCUGACGUCUGGGCCUAUGGGGUGGUCCUUUGGGAGAUAUUCUCCUACGGUCUGCAGCCCUACUAUGGGAUGGCACACGAGGAGGUGAUUUUCUAUGUAAGGGAUGGCAACAUCCUCUCCUGCCCCGAGAACUGCCCGCUAGAGCUUUACAACCUGAUGCGUCUCUGUUGGAGCAAGCUGCCUGCAGACAGGCCCAGCUUCACCAGUAUUCACCGUAUUCUACAACGAAUGUGUGAGAGGGCAGAGGCAGCAGUGGGUGUCUGAGAUGAUCUGAAGUCAAACAAGACACUGCGUACCCCCGUCGUAUCCCCUAUCAGUGGGGGGGACCCAAAGCCAGAAGCUUGCCAAGGCCAGGGUACGGCAGAGUUAUGGCAGACAUGAGAAAAAUGGUUCCUUGAGGCUUUGGGGAGAGGGACUAAAUGAGAUGGUGACAAAAUUCACAUGGUAAAGAGACCACUUGUGAGUAGUGGUCCAUUAUACAGAGGGUACAGUGUUCUGGAUAACAGAACCUACUUACUCCUCCCACCUAGGGAAGAUUACCAUCCAUAUUUUACCAAAGAUGAUUUAAUCCUCUCAUCUCUUCAGUAGCUAACAGCAGCAUCUGAUUUCUCUGUGUUAAAUUUCAGUAUGAAAUGGGGGGUUAGUGCUUUGAUGAAAUAAAAUGGCUGAUCAGCUAAAUUCUGAGGGCUGCUUUUGCCUUUCCUCUUCUAACUCUUUUAGGUUCUUUACAUCGUUUUUUCUUUAGUUGGUAUGUACUCUCUCUUUACAUCUUUUAUUUUAUAUUCCCUUUUAACCAUUUUAAAUGUCAUUUUAAAAAAUAGAUGUGUCUCUAAUGUAUUUUGACUUUUGAUUUCCUUCUGCAUGCACACUUCAUUCUUCUUUACUGUUUCUUAUUCCUUUGAUCCUUAUCUAGUAACUUCCUCUCCCUUUCCUCAUCAGAGCUCUUUUCUAACCUUUCUUAGAAAAUGUCUUCAUAUCCUAAGCUCUUCCCUUUUCUUAGUUUUGUUUUUUGUUUUUGUUUUUUUGUCUCAAACUCUUAAGCUUUCAGCUUCUACUUCUCAUCUACCAGAAUGUUGUCCCUUCUUUGAUUUCUAGCAUAUAAUUAUGUCUCUCUCUCUCUCUCUCUC